GGAAGAGCCUCGGAAUCGUUCGGCAUUCAUUCAAUGGCUACCUGUUACUGUGUGUCAACAAAUAGAUAUCGGAGUAAUAUUGCAAUCUAACGUAAUUUUUGUUUAAAGAGCAAAUCUGACGUCUGUUUCUUCACGGGUGGGAGCUUAUUGCUGCUCCUGGCUUAAAGAGUAUUCAUCUUCUUCAAUUAUAGCACUGCGACAUCUGGUUUAUUUAAAAGAAACAAUCACCACAAUGGCAAACAAUGCAAAGAAACAGUACAAUGUCAUUUUUGUUCUUGGUGGACCUGGAGCUGGCAAAGGAACACAAUGCGAAAGAAUCCAAAACACUUUUGACUAUCAACACUUAUCAGCUGGAGAACUGCUACGUCAGGAAAGAGAACAACCUGGAUCACAGUAUGGUGAUGAGAUAGCCAAACAUUUGAAGGAAGGGUCCAUUGUUCCUGUUUCCAUCACUUGCUCACUUCUACGCAGGGAAAUGGAAAAUAGUUCAAAGAACAAAUUCCUUAUAGAUGGCUUUCCAAGGAACAAGGAUAACCUUGAUGGCUGGACUAAAGCUAUGGAAGGAGUUGCUCAAGUGAAGAGGGUUUUAUUUUUCAAUUGUCCAGAUGAGGUGUGUAUAGAUAGGUGUUUAAGUCGUGGAAAGACCAGUGGGAGAACUGACGACAAUGAAGAAAGUUUAAAGAAAAGAAUUAUAACCUACAGAGAGUCUACUAUGCCAAUCAUUGACCAUUUUCGUGCACUCAAUUUAGUAUCAGAAGUAGGAGGGGACAAAUCACCAGAUGAGGUCUUUGAUGAAGUUAAAAAAGUAUUUGAACAACUAAAAAGCUAAACCUGGCUUUGAAAUUAAACAGUAACAGUUGCACCGACUUGGAGACAAGUAUUGGUAGUUUAAAUAAUGUGAUUCAAAAUCAGCAACAUUUUUGUUGAGGUUCAUUCUAAAAGUGAAAGUUUUAAACUAUUUAUUAAUUAUUAAGUAAUUUGUUUUAACUAAGCUUUAGAGUUGAUCUCGUGACUUGUAUCUAGUACUUACAAAAAUGUGUUUAAACUAACAAUGGAUGUUGUUGCAUCUGUUCUUUGAGCAUAUUAUUACUUUUUGUGUGUGGAUAUAUUUACCGUGGGACUUGCUAUUGUGGGAUGUUAUGGUUUACUGUUCAUUUAUUCAUUAUUGGAUAGCUUGAAUUGUUAUAAUUAUGUAACUUGAAUUGUUUUAACAUUACAAUUAAUGUUACUAACUUAAGUAUAGGUGACAUAUUUGGGGUGGAUCUGUGAAAUACUAUAUUUAGAUAUACAGUACUUUGGGUUGCUAUUCAGGGUCUAAUUAAUUAGUAAUUAUUCAAAAAAUAAUUAUAGAUUUUUUUUUUGUAAUUUAGCCUACCAGAAAGUUAUUUUCAAAAUUUGAAUAGAGCUAAGAAGGUCCAUUGAUAGAAGUAUUAAAAAUGAGAUUACUUAGAUUUACAAGCGGUGCAUUUUAAAGAAUUGAUUUUUUAAUAGAGGUGAAGUGACUGAGAUUUAAAAUUUUCUAUGUUGUAAAUCAGGGAUCAUCCAUAUGUCAUAGAUUUUACAUCAAACCUAGCUUAAGUCAGAAUCCCUCCUGGUAAAAAAAAUCACUUUAGCCAACUGCUUGGCUUCUCCAAAUUGCCAUUGCUUUUUUAAAGCAAAUAGUUUUCCAGAAAUAUUAACAUGGCUGGGUGCUGGGUUAAAACAAGGUAUACAGUUGUCAUUAAAAAAAUUCAAUAUUGACUGCUCAAUUUUAGUUUCAAAGUUACUUUUAUAAAAUGCGAUAGUUUAGUCACUUAAACUUCCUCCCGCUUAGAAAUGUGACAUUUAUGGAUGAUCCCUAAUCAAAUGUAAGGUGCCACCUGUCUUUCUUAUCAUUUCAUAAACUCAAUUUCAGGAAUGUGUUUCAUGUAUUUUACCUUUAAACAUUGUGUUCCUCUAUAACAGUGGUUCCCAACCUUUUUCGAGUGGCGACCCCCUUUUAUAAAAAUUAAGUGACCCGCGACCCCCAUAGAAUUAAAAAGCCGAAAUUAGUAUGAAAAUUAAUAAGCACUAAAAUAAGAUUUUCUAUUAGACUUUCAAUAUGAACUACUCUUGAUAACUAUUUUAAUAGCAUGAGUAAAAUUGCAUACUAUUCACUAAACCUUCGUGGUUAAGUUUUUAAUUAACAACCAUUUUUGUUAACGCCAACCUAUGUCAUUAUAAUUAUCUUAAUUUUGUUUUUAAUCAAGGAAUAGUGUUGAAAAUAUAUUCUCGAAAAGUCAAUCAAUUUUACGUUUGGUUAUGAAUGGUGAAUACUACACCGAAAUUGUGUAUACAGUUUUUCAUUUUACGCGGAAUCAUUCUGUAAAUCAGAUAAUAAUAAUCUUGUAAUUCAUCGGGAAUGCUGGCAACAUCAAGGGAAGAAGAGAAUGGGUAAUGCGUCAAUGUAGAUUCUUCUUUUUUCAGCUCAGAGAAAUAGCGAUGCAGUUCGUUUUCAAGAGAUUCAAGAUGCCCAGAAAUCGCUUCUUUCAAAAUUUUAAUUAUCUCACAAUCAGAUUCAUCUA